CCUCUCCACAGAACCGGCCUCUGCCUCAGUCUCAGCCAGACAUGUCUAGCCUCCAGGCGCUGUGCUCUGGCCUGCCCCUGCAGCCCCUCCCGGAGAACCAAGGACGCUGGGCUGGUGUGCCCCAUGCUCCAGUCAGGACCCCAGGCCUCAGCCCUGCAGAGGAGCAGCUGGCGCUGAGGAAUGCCCUGCGCUACUUCCCCCCGGAUGUGCAGAAGCUGCUGGCCCCUGAAUUUGCCCAGGAGCUGCGACUGUACGGGCAUAUCUAUAUGUACCGCUUCUGCCCCCGCAUUAAAAUGAGGGCCUACCCAAUCGAGCAGUACCCCUGCCGGACGAAAGCUGCAGCAGCCAUCAUGCACAUGAUCAUGAACAACCUGGACCCUGCCGUGGCCCAGUUUCCCCAGGAGCUCGUGACCUACGGAGGAAAUGGGCAGGUGUUCGGCAACUGGGCUCAGUUCUGGCUGGUGAUGUCCUACUUGUCGCAGAUGACGGAGGAGCAGACCCUGGUCAUGUACAGUGGACACCCCCUGGGCCUCUUCCCAAGCAGCCCUGGGGCCCCGAGGCUGGUCAUCACCAAUGGGAUGGUCAUUCCCAACUACUCUUCCAGAACAGAGUAUGAGAAGCUCUUUGCCAUAGGUGUUACAAUGUACGGCCAGAUGACAGCAGGCAGCUAUUGCUACAUCGGUCCCCAAGGAAUCGUCCAUGGCACAGUGCUCACCGUGUUGAAUGCUGGGCGUCGGUACCUGGGUGUUGAGGACCUGGCUGGGAAGGUCUUUGUCACUUCUGGACUGGGCGGAAUGAGUGGGGCUCAGGCCAAAGCUGCAGCCAUUGUGGGGUGCAUUGGUGUAAUAGCAGAGGUGGAUAAAGCAGCCCUCAUGAAACGCCACCAGCAAGGCUGGCUGAUGGAAGUGACUGACAGCUUGGACAAGUGCAUUGAAAGACUGAGGGAAGCAAGGAGAAAAAAGGAGGUGCUCAGCCUUGGUUACCAUGGCAAUGUGGUGGAUCUUUGGGAGCGCCUGGUCCAUGAAUUGGACACAACAGGGGAACUCUUGGUGGACCUGGGAUCAGAUCAGACAUCCUGCCACAAUCCAUUCAAUGGUGGCUAUUAUCCUGUGCAGCUUAGCUUUUCAGAGGCCCAGAACCUCAUGGUCUCCGAUCCUGCCACAUUCAAGGGCCUGGUCCAGGAAAGCCUGAGGAGGCAAGUCUCGGCCAUCAACAGGCUGGCCAAGGAGAACUUCUUCUUUUGGGACUAUGGCAACGCCUUCCUCUUGGAGGCCCAGAGAGCAGGGGCUGACGUGGAGAAGAAAGGUGCCAAAAGGACCGAGUUCCGCUACCCCUCAUAUGUCCAACACAUUAUGGGAGACAUAUUCUCCCAGGGAUUCGGGCCUUUCCGCUGGGUAUGCACAUCAGGGGACCCCCAGGACCUGGCAGUUACCGAUCAGCUGGCCACCUCGGUGCUGAAGGAGGCCAUUGCUGGUGGAGUGAACCCAGCUGUGAAGUUACAGUAUGUGGACAACAUCCGCUGGAUCCAGGAGGCUGCCAAGCACCAGCUGGUGAGGUCUUGGCCUGUUGAGGGAACCUUUGUUUCCACAGACAUGGCUGUGCAGAACUUCGUGGGCGAUGCCUUUCGAGGAGCCACCUGGGUCGCUCUUCACAACGGUGGGGGCGUGGGAUGGGGUGAGGUGAUCAAUGGGGGUUUUGGCCUCAUGCUGGAUGGGACCCAGGAGGCCGAGCAGAAGGCCAAGAUGAUGCUCAGUUGGGAUGUCUCCAAUGGAGUGGCCCGUCGCUGUUGGUCUGGGAACCCGAAAGCCUAUGAGAUCAUCUGCCAGACGAUGCGGGAAAACAAGGGCUUGGUGGUGACACUCCCACACGAGGUGGCAGAUGAGCACAUGCUCCAGCAGGCCUUGUGGCCAUAAGCAGGAGUGCAAGAGCCAGCUGUGGUUCCCUUGUCCUCCUUGGUCCCUGUCCUUACCCUCACAGCCACACCCACCUUCCACUGCACACCUCCUCCUGGAUCAGGAACUCUACACACAUGCCCUCAUUUUCCCUCACCGUACCCUGGAGGGUGUGCCACUGCUAUCCCCAUUUCACAAAUAAGCCAGCUGAGGCCCCGAGAGGUAAAGCCAUUUCUUCAUGACCAUGCUGCUCCCCUGGGAACCUGGGAGGGCAAGGAAAGCCUAUUUGGGGCUGCAUCCUCAAGCUUGCCAUGGAGUAGACGCCAGGAGCUUCGGAGGUGGGUGUGCUGUGAAUACUGGCUGAGCUGGGUAUCAACCAAGUCCCUUCUAAGCCUCCUACCCUUCCCCUACCAAAGCGGCAGACUUUCUCCUGUGGCCAGGUUUUUAUUAAUCACCCUGCCUCCUGUUUACCUUCCAGCCAUCCACAAAACUCUCUUUCCAUCUGCUAGUCUGUUCAUUUGUCUGUGCAGAUACUUUUCUGUACCUCUGUGCCCCUGGCUCUGGGCGCAAAGGCACACUGACCAGGCCCUGGGCUUGGAGGAAUCCAGGGAGGAAGAUGGGAAAAUAAAGGAUUGACUAGAGAGCUAUGGAAGGUGGCGUGGGCAGGGAGGAUGCAGGGUGGUGGGAUGGGGGCCAGCAGGGCUCUGUCCUUAAAGAAUAGUGAUACUUUGUUGGGGGCGGGGGGAAAGGGAGAGAGGCGGGGUAUUACCCAUGGCCGAUCGCUUAUAGCAGAAGUCUGCUCAGGAGCCCUGUUUGGGACCAGAUGUCCUCCAGGAGCUAUGUGGGACCUGAGACUGGAUUCUUGCACACAACCCACUUCCACCGGAUCCCAGAGCCCAACCUCGAUGAAGCUGACCCAGACAAGGGGGAUUAUGUGGCCAUGCUUUUUCAGGCCUUCAUUUUUAAACAGGUGGUUCUGCUUUAUUCUCCUCCCAUUUAUAAAAAGGAACCAAGUGGAGAGAUGAGUCCCCUUCCACCCUUGGUGCCCCACCAACUGCUAUUGGGACUUGCUCUUUUUUCCUGUAAACAUACAGGACCAUAUAAGGAAUCAGACAGGUGCUACCCCUGGAGCAAGCCCCCUCAGCAGCCCCACCACACUUGCUGGCUUUCUACAUUAGAAGACCCCCCCCCACCCCGCCCCACGAUGACCUCACUAUGCAAAGCAGAGCAGUUUUGACCAUGUACUUCAUCCUCAUUAGCCUGGCCUUAGCUCAGCCCCCAGCUGGACUCCUGACAGACUUAAAAAUCGCUCAUCCUAAACAAAGAAUUAAGAGAGCUUGGGGGAUGGGUCCCUAAGAAGUCAUAAAAACUUGACAGCCCUCCCCCUCCAUGUAUCCAGAGAGGGGCCCAGUCUAGCUGGAUUCUGAGUCCUCAACCAUUCAACAUUGUUUGUCUCAGUGGCCAUCUCCCCUUUCCCAUCUCCCCUUAUGAAACCCCAGUUUUGUCUGGGCAGCAAUAUACCGAGUAAAAAUAAUUGAUUUUCCAGCCUUUCUUGCAAUUAAGAGUGGCCACUCGCCUAGUUCUGGCCCAUGAGAUGAGGUGAAAGUCUGCUGGGUAGGACUUCUGGGAAAGUUGUUAUUUUUCUAAUAAAAAUGGACAGAUUCGGCUGGA